AUGGCAGAAGGUCUUGCCUCAACUCUCGCCGAGUUGAGCCUGAACACACAGAAGCUUAGUGGAUCGGCGUUUGAUGCGCGACUUCUGGAAGAAGAAAACGGCUCAUACCAGAAUCCGGGCCCGCGACCAAAGACUCGCCAGGAUGCUGCCGAUCUCAAGGCUGAAUUGGAGCAUGAGUUUCUAGCCCCAUCGUCGAAAUUUAGUCCGGAAUGGCUGAAUCGUCUGCAAAGGAGGUGGGAUGUGUCAACAGACUACACAGACCUGUUUGAGGUCGCUGGCACCCAAACACGGACUAUUGUCCGCUUCGACCGCGAGGGUCUGGAAGGACGGGUUACAGGCUACCAUGAAGUGACUGUCCCUGCUAGCAGUGCGAAUGCAAAGAAUUCGACAUCUCUUCUUCGUCGACCCGCUGGACGUGCGGAUUUUGUCAGAGGCGCGGCCGGAUUCUUCCCCUUUGCUCCUGGUGGUUUGGAUGGCGUGGAAGCAAUUGCCGAAAUGGAAUCUGAGAACCAAACGACAGGACAGCCUCGAAGUGGCGGCCAAAAGACCGGUCUUGAUAGAAUCAUCAACUUUGGGGGCGAAGACGGUCUACUAGAAAUUGCUCCUGGUUUCACUAGGGGACUCAAGUUCGAUCAGGCCAAGUCCAAAGAGUCUGAAGAGGCUGACCAGGAGGUUGAAGACACUCUUCAGCAGGAGGAGACCGACCUUCAUGUGGAUCAUGAUGAGACGGCCUCAGAUGGCGGAGGGGUGAAGGUGGAAGAUGAAGGGGAGCUAAGCGGCGAAGAAGAAGACAUCGAUGCUCUUCUCCCUGUUGAAUUUCCGGCUCUGGAACCCCAUGCACCGCUCUUUGCGGGCGCUCAGAAGAAAGGCGGCAAAGAAUGGGCGCACGUGGUUGACGUCAAUAAAGAAAUCCCGAACUUCAAUGAACUCGUCCCGGAUAUGGCUCGAGAAUGGCCGUUUGAGCUGGAUAUUUUCCAGAAGGAAGCUGUCUACCAUCUUGAAGGGGGCGAUUCAGUGUUCGUCGCAGCGCAUACAUCGGCUGGAAAAACCGUGGUUGCUGAGUAUGCGAUCGCAUUGGCUGCCAAGCACAUGACAAAGGCUAUUUACACAUCCCCUAUCAAAGCUCUGAGUAACCAGAAAUUCAGAGAUUUCCGCAAUGAGUUCGAAGAUGUCGGUAUCUUGACUGGUGAUGUCCAGAUCAACCCCGAGGCAAGCUGCCUCAUCAUGACCACUGAAAUUCUACGAAGUAUGCUCUACCGCGGUGCGGAUCUAAUUAGAGACGUCGAGUUUGUGAUUUUCGAUGAGGUGCAUUACGUGAACGACCUUGAAAGAGGUGUUGUCUGGGAAGAAGUCAUUAUUAUGCUCCCCGAGCAUGUCACUCUGAUCCUCUUGUCUGCAACCGUUCCUAACACGCAAGAGUUCGCAUCGUGGGUUGGUCGUACCAAGAAGAAGGACAUCUACGUUAUCUCAACCGCCAAACGACCCGUUCCCCUGGAACACUACCUCUGGGCCGGGAAGGACAAGUUUAAGAUUGUCGACUCCAACAAGCGUUUCCUCGAGAAUGGUUGGAAAGAAGCCGACAAUGUUAUCUCGGGCCGCGAUAAGGUUAAGGUUCAAAAGGCAGCCGAAGCACAGGCCCAAUCCCAGGCACAGAGAGGUGGCCAACAGGGAAGAGGACGCGGACAAGCCCCUGGUAGAGGUGGUCCCCGAGGCAAUGGCCAGCGUGGAGGCGCCGCCCAAAGGGGCAGGGGACAACCGGCAACUAGAGGCUCUGGGAAUAUUGCCCGCACAGGACGAGGUGGAGGACGGACUACAGCUGCUCAGGACAAGACGAUCUGGGUACAGCUCGUUCAGCAUUUGCGCAAGGAGAACUUGCUUCCAGGCUGCAUCUUCGUUUUCUCCAAAAAACGAUGUGAAGAAAAUGCAAACUCACUUUCGAACCAGGACUUUUGCACUGCUUCGGAGAAGAGUUUGGUGCACAUGUUUAUCGAGAAAUCACUGACUCGACUAAAGCCCGAGGACAGAGGUCUGCCACAGGUGCUUCGGCUUCGCGACUUGUUGAGCAGGGGUAUUGCCGUUCAUCAUGGCGGCCUUUUACCGAUCAUGAAGGAAAUUGUUGAAAUCCUAUUUGCUAAAUCACUGGUCAAGGUCCUGUUCGCCACAGAGACGUUUGCCAUGGGUCUCAACCUGCCGACUCGAACUGUCGUUUUUUCUGGCUUCCGGAAACAUGAUGGCAAGGGGUUCAGAGAUCUACUGCCUGGCGAAUACACACAAAUGGCUGGACGUGCUGGACGACGAGGUCUUGACAAUGUCGGUUAUGUGAUCAUCGUCAACGGGGGCCGGGAAGAGGCGCCUCCUGCUGGUGCCUUGAGGAAGAUGAUUCUCGGCGAUCCGACCAAGCUUCGAUCUCAGUUCCGACUGACGUACAACAUGAUUUUGAACCUUUUACGUGUGGAAGCCUUAAAGAUCGAAGAAAUGAUCAAGCGAAGUUUCAGUGAGAACGCUACUCAAGCUUUACUACCGGAGCAUGAGAAACAGGUCCAACUCUCGGAGGCCAGUCUGGCGAAAAUCAAGCGCGAGCCCUGUGACAUCUGCGACAUUGACCUUGCUGCCUGUCAUGACGCGGCAAUCGAGUACGAGAAGUUAACUAAAGAGCUUAAUGUCGGGCUGCUCUCGUCGCCGGUAGGUAAACGUCUUCUUGUGCCCAAGCGACUGAUUGUGUACCGAAAGGAAGGAUACCGGACUGCCGGUAUCAUUGUCAAAGAAGGAGUUAGCGGUGGCUCUACCCCCAAUAUCCAAGUUCUGGAAAUUGGUAAAUUGGGGAGCAAGCGUCAUCCAAGCGACAUUCUUCCCUUCCUGCCAAAAUUCCGCGAUUUGCUGCAACAGCUUCCGACUCGCUCGGCGGAUAUGAAUCUCAAAGUGCAGAAGGUCCCGCUUACAGAUCUUGAGUGUGUUACCAACACCCUGAUCAAGCUUGGGGGCCCUAUAUGGUACCUCAAUAUCAAGAAAGAGGCGGCGAAGUUUGCGGACAAAGAGUUAUCGAAAGUAUGCGCCUCGUGGUCAAGCCCUGUUUGGGACGAGCUGGACUGGGCUCGGAUCAAGGAGCUACAAGUACGGGAUAUUCUGGAGAAACGCCAAGCGCAAGCAAACAUCAUUCAGUCUUGUCGGUGCUUGCAAUGUCCUAGCUUUUUGAAGCACUUUGAAAUGCAACAUGAUGAGUGGCAGGUCAAGGAGAAUAUCUCGCAAUUGAAGCAGCUCAUGUCCGACCAAAACCUGCAACUUCUCCCAGACUAUGAGCAGCGUAUUCAGGUGUUGAGAGAGCUGGGCUUCAUCGACGAGCAGUCGCGAGUUCAGCUGAAAGGAAAGGUUGCCUGUGAGAUUCAUUCGGCUGACGAGCUUGUCCUCACGGAGCUGAUCCUCGAGAACGUGCUGGCCGAGUACGAACCCGAGGAGAUUGUCGCCCUGCUAUCCGCCUUUGUCUUCCAGGAGAAGACGGAGAAUGUUCCUACGUUGACGCCUCGACUGGAGAAGGGCAAGGACGCCAUUGUUCGGAUUUCCGAGAAGGUGAAUGAUUUCCAGAUCCAAUACCAGGUGAUCCAGUCGAGCGAAGACAGCAAUGACUUCGCCAGUAAACCCCGGUUCGGUCUGGCCGAAGUAGUCUACGAAUGGGCGCGCGGCAUGUCGUUCAAUCGCAUCACGGAUCUGACCGACGUGAUGGAAGGCACUAUUGUGCGAACCAUCACUCGACUGGAUGAGACCUGUCGGGAGGUGAAGAAUGCGGCGAAAUUGGUUGGAGAUCCCACAUUAUAUACCAAGAUGCAACAGGCGCAGGAGCAGAUCAAGAGGGAUGUGAUUUUUGCGGCAUCUUUGUAUAUUUGCUGGUGCGAGAUGGAUGUCACAGCUCUUCGGGACCGUAUACAGUCUACGCUCGACGCGAAUGCGGAUAAUCGGCGUCAGGCGGAAAUUGAUCUAAAAUAUGCCGAGACUCAACCUGGCUUCAUAAAUGCGCUGUUGGAUAUUCUGCAGGGGGAGCAGAACAAUGCCGUCCAACUUUCCGCCGGUGUCUACCUGAAAAACCGAAUCAACCGUGGCUGGUCCCCUGUCGAAGAAAGCCCGCUUCGCACCCCCAUCCCUGAGGAGGAGAAACCCGGAUUCCGAGAGAGGCUGAUCCCGGCGCUGGCCUCGACGCCGCCGAACGUUCGCGCGCAGCUGGUCCCGCUCCUCCAAAAGAUCCUUCAGCAUGAUUUCCCGGAACAGUGGCCGGGAUUCCUGGACAUCACCCUGCAGCUGUUGUCGACCCCCAACGCGAGCUCGGUCUACGCUGGUCUGCAAUGUCUAUUGGCCAUCUGCCGUGUUUACCGAUUCAAGGCCGGAGAAAAGCGAGAGGAAUUCGAUAAGAUCGUCGAGCACUCGUUCCCUCAACUGCUCAACAUCGGGUUGAAGCUGGUCGAUGAGGAAAGCAUAGAAGCGGCGGAGAUGCUCCGGAUCGUCGUUAAAUCAUACAAGCAUGCCAUCUACUUCGAACUUUCGCCAUUCCUGCAGACGCAACAAGCGACCGUUGAUUGGUGCACGCUGUUCCUGAGGAUCAUUGCUAAGGACCCUCCCGCCAGCUCCAUGCUAGAGUCGAAGGAAGAGAGGGAACUGAACCACUGGUGGAAGUGCAAGAAGUGGUCGUACGCCAACUUGAACCGCCUCUUCAUCCGAUAUGGAAACCCCACGACCAUGACGAAGUCCAGCACUCCUGACUAUACGCAAUACGGCAAGGCUUUUAUUACUACGUUCGCCCCGGAGAUCCUCAAGGGCUACCUACAAGAAAUCGACAAGUGGGUGUCCAAGGGCCAGUGGCUCAGCAACCCGGCUCUCUCCUACACCUUGGUUUACUUGGAAGAGUGCGUCAAGCCGAAGGCGAUGUGGGAUCACCUCAAACCGCACAUGGAUAACCUGGUCGCGCAUUUCAUUUUCCCCAUCCUGUGCCAGUCGGAUGAAGACAUUGAGCUGUUCCAAACCGACCCGUCUGAGUACCUCCACCGGAAGUUGAACUUCUACGAGGAGGUUUCGGCCCCCGAUGUCGCGGCUACGAAUUUCCUGGUUGCCCUCACGAAGAACCGCAAGAAGCAGACCUUCUCGAUCCUCACCUUCGUCAACGGCGUCGUCAGCAAGUACGAGGCUGCUCCGGAGGACCAGAAGUUGCCCAGGGAGAAGGAAGGUGCCCUGCGCAUGAUCGGCUCCCUUGCUUCCGUUAUCCUCGGAAAGAAGAGCCCUAUCGCCGAUCAGGUUGAAUACUUCUUUGUCCGUCACGUUUUCCCUGAAUUCCGGUCUCCCCACGGCUUCCUCCGGGCUCGUGCCUGCGAUACGCUGGAGAAGUUCGAGCAGCUCGACUUCCAGGACCCCAACAACCUCAUGAUCAUCUACCGGAACAUCCUGGAGUCGAUGACGGACCCCGAGCUCCCUGUCCGGGUCGAGGCGGCCCUUGCCUUGCAGCCUCUCAUCCGACACGACAUCAUCAGGACCUCGAUGCAGCAAAACAUCCCCCAGAUUAUGCAGCAGCUACUUAAGCUGGCCAAUGAGGUCGACGUGGACGCCUUGGCUAACGUCAUGGAGGACUUUGUUGAGGUCUUCUCCGCCGAACUCACGCCGUUUGCCGUGGCCCUCAGCGAACAGCUCCGGGACACCUACAUGCGUAUUGUUGGUGAGCUUCUGGAGAGAAACGCUGCAAAGGGCGAUGAGGACGCCUACGGCGACUUUUUGGAUGACAAGAGUAUCACUGCUCUGGGUGUCUUACAGACCAUCGGCACCCUUAUCCUCACCCUCGAGAGCACUCCCGACGUGCUCCUGCACCUCGAAACCAUCCUCAUGCCCGUCAUCAGCAUCACUCUUGAGAACAAGCUGUACGACCUCUACAACGAGAUCUUCGAGAUCAUCGACAGCUGCACAUUUGCCUCCAAGUCAAUCUCGCCCACCAUGUGGCAAGCGUUCGAGCUCAUCCACAAGACCUUCAAGGCCGGUGCCGAGCUCUACCUAGAAGAUAUGCUGCCCGCCCUGGACAACUACGUGGCUUAUGGCUCUGAAAUGAUGGUCCAGAACCCAGCGUACCUUGGGGCCGUUGUUGGCAUGGUCCAGGACAUCUUCAGCGAUGAGAAGGUUGGCGGUGUGGACCGGAUAUGCGGCUGCAAGCUGGCUGAGACCGUGAUGCUGAACCUGCGCGGUUACAUCGACCAGUACCUUCCGGUUUUCAUUGAGUUGCCCAUGCGGGUCAUUGAUGCUGGCGACACCAAGACCAAAUCCUACCGAAUUCAUCUGAUGGAGAUGGUGAUCAACGCUAUCUAUUAUAACCCCGUGCUGAGUCUUCAGGUUCUGGAGUCCAAUGGCUGGACGAACAAGUUCUUCAGCACUUGGUUCUCGAAUAUCGACAACUUCCGACGUGUUCACGACAAGAAGCUGUCGAUUGCCGCCAUCAGCUCUCUAUUGACAUUGAAGGGUGGUGAUGUUCCCCCGAGCGUGCAACAAGGCUGGCCCCGACUGCUGCAGGGAGCCGUUCGCCUAUUCCAGACGUUGCCUGCCGCUCUGAAGAACCGUGAAGAUGCGACGAAAGAAUCCGACUUCACGUUCGACGACGAGGGUGACGAUGUUGACGAGGACAAUGACUGGGAUGGUGAGAUCGAAUGGACUGAUCAGGAUGAAACCGAGGCUACGCUCGAAGACGACGUUGCCGACGAAGGCGCCGCGUAUCUUGAUUUCCUGAACAAGGAGGCGCAAAAGUUCGGCUCUUUCGCCGAUGACGAUGAAGAGGAGUUGGACGAGGAGAGUCUCCUUGAGACACCCCUGGAUAAGAUCGAGCCUUACGGCUUGUUCAAACAAGUUUUCCUGAACCUCCAGCAGGAGCAGCCACAGCUUUAUGAAAACCUGACGAAGAUUCUGAACUCGGAGGAACAACAGGUGAUCGAGGCUGUGUUCCACGAGGCGGAUGCGAAGGCCCUGGCGAACGCCGAAGCCGCGGCAGUGGCCGGACUCCAGACGAAUGGAAACUAA